CAACCGGUUCAACAGUUUCUGCGCUGCCGGCGUCUGGAGGCCCCCGGGCGCCCACCUGUCGGCAUGUGCGCCGCGGAGGUGGACCAUCAAGUUGCCCAGAGAUACCUGCUCAAGCGGCGGCUGGGGAAGGGGGCCUACGGCAUUGUGUGGAAGGCAGUGGAUAGGAGGACUGGCGAAGUCGUGGCCAUCAAGAAAAUCUUCGAUGCCUUUAGGGAUAAGACGGACGCCCAGAGAACGUUCCGGGAAAUCAUGCUGCUCCAGCAACUUGGGGACCAUCCUAACAUCAUCCGCCUCCUGGACGUGAUCCGGGCGGAGAACGACAGGGACAUUUACCUGGUGUUUGAGUCUAUGGACACUGACCUGAACGCCGUCAUCUGCAAGGGCAGGCUGCUGAAGGACGUCCACAAGCGCUUCAUCAUGUACCAGCUCCUGCGGGCCACCAAGUUCAUCCACUCAGGAGGCGUCAUCCACCGGGACCAGAAGGUACACCCCUGGGGUGGACAUGUGGAGUCUGGGCUGCGUCCUGGGGGAGAUGCUUCGGGGGAGACCCCUGUUCCCAGGCACAUCUACACUCCACCAGCUGGAGCUGAUCCUGGAGACCAUCCCGCCUCCAUCCAAGGAGGACCUCCUGGCUCUCAGCUCAAGCUUCAGCGCCUCAGUCCUGCCCUGCCUGGGGUCCCGGUGAGCGGGGCUGCUGAGGAGCCUGGCUCGCACUGCUCAUGUAAAUUUGCUGGCCAGUCUGCCCACCCAGACCCGGGCCCUGGCCUUUGGAUGGCAGGCCCAAACCCAGCGAGUUGGAAUUUCCAGCACCACCCGGCUUGGCCUGGGGGCAUGGGCAGGCCCGCGGGAACUGCGCGGGGCAUGGAGAGCAAGGGACCAGAGGACGAGGCAGGGAGGGGUCGGCCAUCAGUGCCAUGCUGCCUGGGGCUGUCGCGUGGGGAGGGGAGAUGCAUGGAGGCAGUUAAGUGGCGCUGGGCGGAGGAUGGGGAGGGGCCCGCCCUGGAAAGGGGACAAUAUGCAGGCACCUACAGGCCACGGCAGACGCUGGACGCCCUCCUGCCGCCAGACACCCCCCCGGAGGCCCUGGAUCUCCUCAAGGGACUCCUGGUAUUUGCCCCCGGCAAGCGGCUUAGCGCAGCGCAGGCGCUGCGGCACCCCUACGUGCAGAGGUUCCACUGCCCCGCUCGCGAGCAGACCCUGGAUGCGGCCGUGCGGCUCCCGGUGCUGGAAGGGGUCCAGCUGUCAGCGCCUGAGUACCGCAGCCGCGUCUAUCAGAUGAUCCUGGAGCGCAGGGGCGGCGGCCCCGUCCCGAGAGGGAAGGGCCCGGGGGGCACGCCCCCGGGGACGGAGCCCAGCGCCCCCCGGGCCCAGGCGCGCCUGCGCUCACCCAGAGCCGUCCCUCAGCUGUCCCCGGGCUCGCCCUCGCAGAAGCCCGGUGCCGACGCCCAGAGCAGCCUGGGUCAGCAGUCCGCACACGACCCCACAGACGUUCCCUGCGGAGCCGAGAACCUUCCCCGGCCGGACGUGGCGCCCCUGCUCCAGCCCCCGCCCCCAGGGGGUCUCGGGAGGGCGGAAAGGCCCCCUGGGGUGACGGCACAGGCCCCCUCGGGCCACUCGUGGGUGAAGCCCAGCGUGAAGGGGGCGGCGCCCUCCCUGGCCUCUCAGGCCGCCGCCCGGGUGGCCGUCCAGGCCCUGAUCCGGAGCGACUGGAAUCUGGGCCGUGGGGUGAGGGCGAGCGGCGCGCGACGGGUGAGCCCGCCCGGCCCCCCGACCGCUCCCCCAGCCCCCCGGCCCCGCCCCCUCGCGCGGCCCCCAGACUGUGUGCGGGUCCCUCGCGGGCUUCCUGCGGAUGCGCGGCCCGAGCCCCGGCCGGGCCGGAGGAUGUUCGGCGCCUCGGCCUGGCAGGGGGCGCAGGGGGCCUCGAGGGCCGCGCUCGGGGGCUAUUCUCAAGCCUACGGUACCGUCUGCCAUUCGGCGCUGGGCCGCCUGCUCCUGCUCCCGGGCCCCGCGCGUAAGCCGCCCUGCCAGCCCGAGACCUAGUUCCUGUGCUCAGCCCGCGUCCCUCGCCCAGCCCUGGAUCUGCCCCCGAGUGCCCGUGCUACCCACCCCCUCCUACCCGCUCCCCCUUUUGCCUGUCCACACCCUUGAGUUCCAGGGAGCUUGUCCAGCCGUCUCUGGGGGAGUGGGAGAGGUCCCCACCCACCCCCAGCCACUUCCUCCAAUAAAGUCGUGUUUGGCCACA